CCUAACCCGCAUAUUGUACUUUGUGCAUUUUCCUUGUAUCGUCGUUACCUCCCUUUUCAAUUUCCACAAUCUUCUUCCUUCUUUAUGAUUCGUAGAUUAAAUGCAAUAGUCUAUGAAUUUAACACUACUCCUAGAAUCUUCGUCCUGAUCCUAAAGCAUUAUUCCUUCGUCUCUUUGUAUUAUUAUAAAUUGUGAUCAAUGCAGGCAACAAUAACGACGUGAAAUAAAAAUUCACAAAUACAAAACAAGUAAUCGCAAUUACCACAGCUGAAUUUGGUUUCGCGUUGAUCGAGUUUGAAAUAAAUCAGGUGAAAAAUGGGAGAGAAAAUGGUGAAGUAUGGAAUCAUCGGUGUAGGAAUGAUGGGGAGAGAGCAUCUCUGUAAUCUGUACCAUCUCCGGGGCGAAGGCGUCGCCGUCGUUUGUGUCGCCGAUCCAAACCUCGCUUCUCAACAGAUUUCGACGGAAUUUGCCGAGUCCUUUGGCUGGCCACUCAAGGUAUUUUCAGGACAUAAAGAACUUCUAGAGAGUGGGCUAUGUGAUGUUUUAGUUGUUUCAACUCCAAACAUGACUCAUUAUGAAAUCUUGAUGGACAUUCUCAACCACCCAAAAAGUCAUCAUGUAUUAGUUGAGAAGCCAUUGUGCACAACUGUACAAGAUUGUAGACAGGUGAUAGAAGCUGCAAAAAAGAGACCAGAUAUGUUGGUGCAAGUUGGAUUGGAGUACAGAUACAUGCCACCUGUAGCUAAAUUGAUGGAGAUUGUUAAUGGUGGAAGAUUGGGAAAUAUUAGAAUGGUUUCCAUUAGGGAACAUCGGUUUCCGUUUUUAGUUAAGGUGGAUAACUGGAAUAGAUUUAACUGUAACAGUGGAGGUACUAUGGUUGAAAAAUGCUGCCAUUUUUUUGAUCUUAUGAGGCUUUUUGUUGGUGCAAAUCCAGUUCGUGUAAUGGCUUCUGGAGCCAUUGAUGUUAAUCAUAAAGAUGAAGUCUAUGAUGGGAAGGUGCCUGAUAUUAUCGAUAAUGCAUAUGUUAUUGUUGAAUUUGAUAAUGGGGCAAGAGGGAUGCUUGAUCUUUGUAUGUUUGCAGAAGGAAGUAAAAACGAACAAGAAAUUUCGGUUGUUGGUGAAAUAGGAAAGGGCGAAGCAUUUGUUCCUGAGAAUCUUCUUCGAUAUGGUGUGCGAGUUGAAGGUAGAGAAGGUGUAAGAACCAUGAGAGUUGAAGAUGAUAGAAUCAAAUAUGAUGGGUUGCACCAUGGUUCAAGUUACUUGGAACACUUGAACUUUUUGGCUACGGUCAAGACCCAAGGGAAGAAAACCGUGGCGGUUGAUCUGCAUGAUGGGUUGAUCGCGGUGGCUAUUGGUGUUGCAGCACAGCUUUCGAUUGAGUUGGGAAGAUUUGUGAGUAUUAAGGAAGUUAUGACAUGAUAAUUUGAUGUUGAUUUAUUUUUGAUUAUUUAUUGUCAAAAGAACAUUGGGAGCUUCAAAAAUUAUCAUGUGUAUGCUACUCAAAGAAAUGGCAUGUAUUUUGAUCAAUUUAAUUAUAAUCAUGUUCAUUGUGCUUGUAUUAAUAUUUUCAAACAAGGGUGUGUGUAUGGAUUGGACGUUGGGAACUAAACCGAAACCAAAAGUAAGAAACAAUGGUUGAUGGUUUGGUCUCAAAAGGAUUAGAUACUUGAGUUUGGGUUAAAUGUAAAAAUAUACACAUACGAUUAUUUUACGAAUUUGAAAAGGUAAAAGAAAAUUGAUACGGUUUUUGUUUUGUGAUCAAAACGAGAACCCGAAAUAAAUAUAUUUAGAACCACGAUAAGAAGAGUACAUGUUGAAUAAUUAUGAGACCACUUCAUAAAUAUGCACGAUAUAUUAUUAAAUCCAGUUAUUAUGGUAAGAGUAUAAAUUAUUGAUGGACCGAUUUAUAGAAUAUUUACUUAACUUGUGGGUUGUGUUUCCGGUUUGACUCAAGAUACUCAAGAUCCCUUUCAUCUCUCACAUUAGGGUUUAUCUCCAUCUAUAAAUAUAUGUGAUGAGGAGCAGAU